AUGCGUACAUUUCUAUCGCAGGAUGACAUAAAUGUGUAUCGAAGCAGCCCUCCUCUCCCAAAAAUCACGCGCCCGACUCGCCUACUUCCAAGUGCACAUGAUCUAGUAGUGCAAAGAAGGCAGCAGCGCGCUGUUGAAUCUGCUGACAGCACAAUAAUCGCUGAUUCUGAUCAAAGCUCCCCAUCUGCAGACAUUGAGAAGGAGUCUAGUGCUGGAGGGGGUGGUUCUUGUGCUGAAGGCAAUUCGGCGGGUAGCCAUCCCAAAGCGCCCAGGAAUACUAUGCGCAAGUGUAAGGCGGCUUCAUCAGAAGAAGCCAGGACGGCGGCGCCUUCGGGAUGCUUCGGGACGGCGGCGGCGGCCGCUGCUUCUUGCACAGCGGCGACGGUGAGAACAGGCGCCGCCGACUUCCUCCUCCGCGCGUUCGCCGCCGAGCCGCCCCCCGGCGCACCGCUCUGGCGCCAGCUCUCCGUGCCGGCCCCUCCACCGGCGGCGGCGGCGGCCCCCACGCCGCCGUCCACGGCGCGCCGGAGCCUGGACUCCGUCACCGGCAAAGCCCUGCGCUGGAUCGAGUCCUGGACCGAUGCCGCGGCGGCCGGGGACCGCUUCCUGGAGGUCCCCACGGGCGGCGCCCGGACCCGGAGCAGCGCCGCGGCGCCGGAGUGGCUGCUGGCGAGCCUUGAGAGGGCGGGCUCCGCGCUGGCGCACGGCGGGUGGGGCGCCGGCGAGGUGGAGGAGAUGACGGCGGGCGGUCCCGACGGCGGCGAGGUGCUGGCGCUGGCGCUGACGGUGGACCGGUUCUGCGGGGUGCUGCGGACGGGAGGGUGGCCCGCGGAGGAGGUGGUGGAGAUGCUGGGCGCGGUGCUGGCGCCGCGGAAGGCCCGGCGGGCGGCGCUGGCGCUGACGGUGGACCGGUGCUGCGGGGUGCUGCGGACGGGAGGGUAG